AUGAAUCAAAAAGACUAUAUAAUUAUAUAUUUACAUGGUAACGGUGGCAGUAGACUUGAUAGUUUAGGUUUAAUUCCUUAUUGUAUGAAUAAUUUAAAAAUGGAUUUAUGUACAUUUGAUUUUACAGGUUGUGGCAAAAGCGAAGGCCAUUAUGUGACUUUAGGACUAAAGGAAUAAGAGGAUUUAUAGAGUGUAAUAAAUGAACUAAUUUUAAAAUAUAAAUAUAAUAAAUUUGUAUUAUUUGGGAUGUCUAUGGGGGCUGUAACAGUCUUUUUAUUUUGUUGCACUUUUCGAAAUUGGGUAGAAAAAAAUGUUGUUUGUAUUAUUUUGGAUUCUCCUUUUGUGAGUUUUAAAUAAUUAAUAUAUGAGUUUGCAGAAGAAAAAGUUAAAUUCGGUAGCAUUUUAGCUGGUAUGAGCAUGUCAUAUGUAAGAGAUUUAGCUAAGAGAACAUAAUUAGAGUAGAAAUGA